AUGGCAGCGUUCUCCAAAGAAAAGCAGGAGGAAGAGGGCCUACUUGGCGAGAGCCAAGAUCAAGGCCAGAAGCAGCAACGCCAGCAAUCGUCCCAAAAAUGGCGUUCAAUUACCCUCGUGUCCCUGCUGGGCGCUUUCGCUCUCUUUGUGUACUUCGCGAAGGGAUCCCAGUGCAACGGCGCCCCCUCGCAUGUCACAACCCAGCCUGACCUACCCGUGGCUUCUCCCCUGAUCAAGUCGAAGAGAUCAUCGCAUCACGAACAUGCCUGCAAUACUGUUGACGGCGGUUAUCAAUGCAACUCCUCGAUCUCGCACAAGUGGGGCCAGUACUCGCCCUAUUUCUCUCUUUCCGACGAAUCGGCCAUCUCAGACGAGGUACCUCACGGUUGUCAGAUCACCUUUGCUCAGGUGAUCUCCCGCCAUGGUGCUCGCUUCCCGUCGGCGAAAAAGAGCAAGGGAUAUGCCGCGCUCAUUAAGGGCAUCCAAGCGAACGCGACUUCAUUCAAGGGCAACACGAAAUUCAUCCGCUCAUACAACUACACCAUGGGCGGUGAUGACUUGGUUCCCUUUGGAGUGAACCAGAUGGUGAACUCGGGAACCAAGUUCUACCAGCGCUAUGAGGCGUUGGCUAAGAAGGCCGUGCCCUUCCGGGUUGUGGCUUCAGGAGUGAACUUCAUCAAGGGCUUCCAGAAGGCAAAGUUGAAUGACAAGCAUGCCAAUCACCGCCAAUCAAGCCCUAAGGUCAAUGUCCUCAUCUCGGAAGAGUCUGGCACCAACAACACUCUGAACCACAGUGAGAUCUGUGCCAAGUUCGAAGAGAGUGAACUAGGCGACGAGGUCGAAGAAAAAUACAUGGCCAUCUUUGUGCCGCCUAUCCGAGCCCGUCUCGAGGCUAAUCUUCCUGGCAUCAAACUCGAAAACAUCGAUGUGAUCAGUCUGAUGGACAUUUGUCCUUUCGAUACGGUGUCCCGGACUAGCGAUGGAUCUGAGCUAUCUCCAUUCUGCGACCUCUUCACUAAGGCCGAAUGGACCCAAUACGACUACCUCCAGUCGCUCAGCAAGUACUACGGUUAUGGCGCAGGCAACCCGCUCGGCCCAACCCAGGGUGUCGGUUUUGUGAACGAACUCAUCGCCCGUCUCACUCACACCCCAGUGGUCGACAACACAAGCACAAACCGUACGCUCGAUGCCCCCGGCGCUGCGACAUUCCCCCUCAACUACACCAUGUACGCAGACUUCACGCACGACAAUGGAAUGAUUCCGUUCUUCUUUGCUUUGGGACUGUACAACGGCACCGCUCCGCUCUCCAUCACUAAGGCCCAGUCAAUUAAGGAAACAGACGGGUUUUCAUCUGCCUGGACGGUGCCUUUCGGUGCUCGUGCUUAUGUUGAGAUGAUGCAAUGUCGCCGCGAUCCGGAGCCGCUCGUCCGAGUCCUCGUUAACGACCGUGUUGUUCCGCUGCACGGUUGCCCCGUUGAUAAGCUUGGCCGUUGUCGCCGUCGCGACUUCGUCAAGGGCCUCACUUUUGCACGCUCCGGCGGUGAUUGGUCCCAGUGCUAUGAAUAG